AUGACUAAGAAAAGUUCUUCAGUUGCAUCGUCACCAGCAGCUUCAGUUGAUAAUGUUGUUGCAGUCGGUCGGUUUGUUUGUUCGAUGUGCGCAAAAGUCUAUCGAUCUGGUGCUGGAUUAAGGUAUCAUAAACGAAAACGUCAUCGUGGCAUGGUUGAACCAACUGCACUUCACCGAGUCAAAUGUCAAGAACUAGGUUGUACAUAUCAGAUGUUGGCUAUUUCUGAUCUUAGAAAUCAUCUCGCUAAUCAUCAUCAAAAACCUGAAUAUAAAUGUACAGAAGAAAAAAAAUUCACAAGUGUAGCAGAUUUUACCGAUUGGAAAUCUACAUUCGAAACUAGUACUGGUUCGAAAUAUGUUAAAAACUGUGGUGCCAAGGGUAAAUCGGAUAAUCAAACAACAGAAUAUUAUUAUUGCAAUCGAACCGGACCGUUUGGUCAAGGUUUACGCCGUAACAAAGCACAAGGCUCAUUGCGUGGCGGAAUUCAUUGUACAUCAUCAAUGAAAGUUGAAAUACAAAAUGAUGAACAUAUUACUGUUCAAUAUUAUCCAGCUCAUUAUGGACAUUCAAAUCUACCAGCAUCUGAUGAACCACAACAUUUAUCUGAAAAUAGUACAACUAUGACCGGUGUUAAUAUUCAUCAUCAACAGCAGCAGCAACAACAACAACAACAGCAACAACAGCAGCAACAACAACAACAACAACAACAACAUCAACAACAUCAUCAUCAUCAUCACCAACAGCAACAACAGGAUAAUUCACAACAGGGUGCUGAUCGUUCAUCAUCGUCAUCGCCAGGUUCGUCAUCAACAAGUCCUUCUGGUGGUUCGAAUUCAAAUUCAAAUCAUCCACCGAUGAACAUUGAAAGACAAUCGAUGACACAAGCGAACUCUUUUCUUAAGAAUAAUCAAACUAAUAUUAACAAUACUACUAUAACUAAUAAUAUUUAUAAUAAUCAUAAUAUGAAUCAUUCAAUGCAAAAUCAAAUGUCUCAUUGUAUAAUAAUAUCACCGUCGUUUAUGGUCGAAGAAAAUCUUUCUACACAUUCAAACCAUCAUACGCCGGUGUUUGUUGUUCAACAACAUUUACCGACAUCAUCGAAUGCUAUAAUUAGUCCUCCAGCGAAUUUACCGAUUAAAAAAGAAAAAUGUGUAUCAGAUAUAAUGCAUGAAGCAUUUCAGUUAUUAUCCUAUUGGCCGUUGGAUCAUCAUCAUGGUUUAAUAACGUCAGAGAAUGAACAACAAAUUUCCCAUUCUCGUUUUAAUAUGGAUGAACAUCUUAUGUUCUGA